GUCGGACAGAGGAAGCUUGCCAUGGGCUCCUAACGGGCGAGCGGUUGCCGCAACAUGAGAUGACGCUGUACCGGUACUUUUGCAUGGCCACCCUGACGAUCACGCACCGUGUACCGGAAGAGACGGUGGUGGACUUCAAAGUCACUGAGUGGAAUGACAGGCAGGUGAGCGCCGGUGUCGGGGCGACGAUCUACUUCCGAGACGGUGCGGACAGAGCUGUUUUCAGCGUAGACGAGGAGAGGUGGUUAGGUGCCUACUUCACGGCCAUCAGGCCGCUCUACCUGACGCGGAAAGGGGAAGCAGCGGAUGACCAGGGCUGCUUCUUCCUGGGGACCACAGGACUUCACGUGGCCAAUCCCAGGUCCGACUUGUGCCGUCUCUGGAGGCACUGUCGGAAGAUCUGCGAGGGAGCGGGCCCGAAUCCGCCGCCCGUUACGGCCGAGGCCACGGGGACGUCUUCCCGGGACAAAAGUUCUGUGUCGGGGAAAGGGUCACGUGACGACCAAUGGGACGCUUUCGUCAGUGAAUUCCCCGUAACAAUAGGUGCCCUCGCGCCCUCCAAAGAUAAGAGGAACUUGUCGGUGCCGGGUUUGGUGAUGAACAGACGCCCUAUUUCAAUUGGAGGCGAAUCCAGCUGGAAAAGCGUGUGCUACAUGUCUCCGGACACCUUUGGAAGGCGCAUGAACGACUCGGGCAAGGCGUCCAAUGUGAAGCCUGUGGUGUUCCAGUUGAACUUCGCAGACGGACCCCAAGACACUGUCCUGUUCUUGGCCCAGAGAAACAUAGCCGGCAACGAAGAGCUGCGUUGGGACUAUGGUGUGAGACGGAUGUCCUUCAGAGAUGAGGGCAUGGACCUGGCAUGGCUGGAUGACUGA